GAAUCACUGUGAAUCACUGUCAAAGAUGUACAUUCGUAUGGAAUUGUUUUGCAUAGCGAGAGAAGGAUCAACGAAAAAGGCACGGCGGUAGAAUCAACGGAGUACGAUGCACCGAACGGAUAACACUCGUCCCUCCCUCUGACGUGAAACAGUCGAUAUUGACAGCUCUCACCUCGAUCCAGGAUAACCUCUCGGCCCGAUCGACAACACUGACAACUCCUCUGCCACGUACCAGCUCAACGAUCAGCAGGGCCAUUUCUCGACGGAAUGGCGUGUCUUUUGUUGAAUCAGGAAAAUGUUCAUAUUAAAAUACCAUCGGCGGACACUGUCGACGGUGUCACUUACUAUUGCAUCGAGGUUAGGAUUGCUUCCAUCAAGUGGACUGUAAAACACAGAUACAACGAGUUUGUAGAGCUUCACGACAAACUUGUCACAGAACACUGCGUUGAAAAGGACAUAUUGCCACCGAAAAAGUUGAUUGGCAACAAGUGCGAAGCCUUUGUAGAAAAACGUAGAUUGAACCUGGAAGUAUAUCUGAAUGCAGUCUACAACUAUUUGAAGAAAGCAAUGUCCCGAGAAUUGGCUGUAUUUCUGGAUUUGCACAUAUACGAUAUAUUUUUCCUGCUGCAGAGUAUGGCUUUAGAGUUUUUCACAGAAGGCAACAGUUUGCUACAAAAAUCUAAAACCUACAAAUUUAAUCCGCUACAGUUAUAUGCGAUCAGCGAAAGAUUGAAACAACCUUGUCCACCAUUGGAAGUAGUUGACAAAAAGUUUGACUUUAGCCAUAUAUUGGACUUCAAUUCCCAUUUAACUGGUCUUGAGAUCGAAGGUAGUCUAGAGCCCUACAAAACCAGCAAUAUUUACACGUCCACGCUUUCGAUCGAACUAUCGAGCUUUAAAAAUAUAGAGGAAUUAACGAUUAAUAGGUAUCCCGUGGACAAGAUAUAUCAUAUGGGCAAUCUUCGAGAUACGGUCGUACAUUUAGUAGUAAACAACACGAAACUCCGAAACAUCGUCGAGUUCGCAAUGUGCGAGGAGGUGCAUAAAAUUAUCGAGAAUGCGAACGAUUCUCACGUCUGGGUGAGAGUGACCCAUCUAGAUCUCAGCGACAAUCGAAUAGAAAUCAUUGACGAAGCAAUUAAAUUGUUGCCGCAUAUAGAGUGUCUAAUGUUAAAUAACAAUCUUCUCUCCGAAAUAUCGAACAUCACCUGGUUACCGAGAUUGUCCCAAUUGUACCUAGCGUCGAACAACUUUACGACUCUACCGGACGAUUUGCAUACGAAACUCGGUUACAUCGUGUACAUCGACCUGUCGCAGAACAAGUUAACUUCCUUAUCAAGUUUCUCGAAAUUAUAUUCGCUGGAGGGCCUGGACGUAAGUUGCAAUCGCAUCGAGAAGAUCGAGGAGGUGAAAAACAUCGGGCAUUUGCCUUGUUUGGAGAACCUGAGACUAACCGGCAAUCCAGUUUCAACGAUCGUCGAUUACAGAGUAAAAGUGUUGGAACCGUUCGGUAAGAGAGCGGCAGAUAUUUGUCUGGACAAUGAGAAACCUAACCAAAAGGAACUAGACACGGUCUCCGUUCAUCAGGCGCUUCGCAUCGCCAGAGAGGGUAAAUCGCCAACGUUCACAGCAUCGGACGCGCCCCUUUUUUCCGCGGAAAUCCCAAGCGUAUAGAACAACAUAAAGUUUAAAUUCGAGACAAUAGACUUUCCGCGCAAGGAACACUUUGAUACGAAUUUUUGUGAUUAACUUGAGGCCCGUCUUUGAGAAGAACAGGAAAUUUUAUGAAAAGUCGAGGAUAGAUAUCUUUAUCGCAUUCUGUUUACGAGAUGAUAAAGAUUGUAAAGACGAACAAAUUGAUUUUCAUGUG